GCGCGCCGCCCGCCCGGACUGCGGUACCGGGGGUUCUGGUGGGCACCGGCAGCAACCGCCGAACCCCCCCCCCCCUCCCAUCCCCGUAGCCCCCGCCCGGGCUCCCGGGAGCGGCCGCCGCCAUGGGCGGGGAGGAGGAGAUCGUGCGCAUCGCCAGGCGGCUGGACAAGAUGGUGGCCAAGAAGAGCGCGGUGUGCAACGCCACUGUUGAAAUAGGAAAGGAGCAGCUUGGCAGGAUUUGCUUCCCAGCUCCAUUGAGAAAGAGCUUCUGAGCCCAGCGGAUGGUUGCCUGGAGCACCUGUUUAUAUUUCUAGUUUUUGUCUGGAUCCUCCCUCCCCCCUUUUUGUCCCCAGUGGCUCUGAUAACAGAGGCAGGAACCGCCCCGCUGGGUUUGGAUGUGCAGGGCUGGAUUUGAUGGAGCUCCUUUGGAGGAACAGGAAAGGAUGGUGCAAUGGAUUUACUGAAAGAACUGAAAACUAUGCCUAUGACUUUGGACUUACUGCAGUCCACCCGCAUUGGGAUGUCAGUAAAUGCACUGAGGAAGCAGAGCACAGAUGAAGAAGUGAUAUCACUUGCCAAAUCCCUCAUCAAAUCUUGGAAAAAACUUCUAGAUGCUUCUGAGGAGAAGAGUGAGGAGAAGAAGAAAAGCCUGUCCUUGCCAACAUCUUCCUCAAAGGAGACUGGUAACUCAAGAGAGCAAAGCUCCAACAAAAGGCAGGAGCCUCCAAAGACUCCGACCACCCCCAAGAUCACCACGUUCCCCCCAGCACCCAUCACCUGUGAUGCUGUCCGAAACAAAUGCAGAGAAAUGCUGACAACAGCUCUGCAGGCUGAUGAUGACUAUAUUGCCAUUGGUGCUGACUGUGAGCACAUAGCAGCUCAGAUUGAAGAAUGCAUAUACCAGGACGUGAAGAACACUGACAUGAAAUACAAAAACCGCGUGAGGAGCCGCAUCUCCAACCUGAAGGACUCCAAAAAUCCUGAGCUGAAAAAGAAUGUGCUGUGUGGGGCCAUCACUCCUGAGCAGAUUGCAGUGAUGACCUCAGAGGAAAUGGCCAGUAAUGAGCUGAAGGAGAUCAGGAAAGCCAUGACGAAAGAAGCAAUCCGGGAGCACCAGAUGGCCAAGACAGGAGGGACACAGACUGAUCUCUUCACCUGUGGGAAAUGCAAGAAGAAGAACUGCACCUACACCCAGGUGCAGACCCGCAGCUCGGAUGAGCCCAUGACCACCUUCGUCGUGUGCAACGAGUGUGGGAAUCGCUGGAAGUUCUGCUGAUAUGUGCCAUGGCCUGAGAGCAGCAGCCAAACACAGCUCAGAGUGCACCUCCCUCCAGCAGCUCCCACGGCAUUUGUCUUAACUGUGUCCCUGUGAGUUUGCAUUGUCACCAGCUGAGAGAGCAGUCCCUGCCUGGGCCCCACAGGAGAGCCCCAGCUGAGGGCUGACAGGUUGGCAGGAGGGCUCACUAAACACGUUUUUAGUCAUUAUUUUUCUCAUCUAAGCAAGUAAGGUCACUUUUUUUUAUUUUUUAUUUUUUUUUCCUUCUAAACUAAUUAAAUGUUUUUGUCAGUUUCUGACUUUUAUUUGA